AUGCAAUGGUUAGCAGCCUGUCACCGAGACUGUAUAAAUUUAUCCAAACAAUAUCAUCUCCCCACUGAGGAGGGCUUUGAAGUAAAUUCAACACCAGUUAGUCAUAUGGAUCAACUGUUUUUCAGCUGUAUGCCUAAGUUAAUUUGUAGAUUAAAUGAAGAUUUGAAAAAAUCUAUUUCAUGGAAUCCACGUUCAGUUGGAUUAGCGAUACUUUCACGUUGUUUACAAAUAGCUACUGGACCGGCACUAUUAUUCACAUUUAAUAAUCAUGAUAAUAAUAGUCAAACUAAAAAAGAAUGUUUAACAGCUGUGCUGGAUCUUUUAGAACGUGGUUGUCGAUUAAAUUGUGCACCCGGUGGCGGUGGUGUCGACAAUGGUAGUAGUAAUAGUAGUCAGUUUGAUAAAUCACCCGGCGGUACAGAUCCAUUAACAUUAGCUAGUGAGGCUGAACUUCGUCUACGUGGUUUAAUGUUGCUUACAAAACUGACAGAUAAUAAUCAGAUUAGAAAAGUAUUAUCAUCUCCAAAAUAUUUGAACUAUUGUUUUUCUAAAUUAAUUUUACCUGUAUGUGUAUGGAGAGCUGGUCGUACAUCAGAAGCCAUGCGAAAAGCAGCUAUUACAAGUUAUUUAGCAUUAUUAGCUAGUGCUGUAUCAAUGUAUCAUUUAUCUGAAAUUGUUUUGAAUUUACGAACUAACAGUGAAAUCAACAUAGAUAAUUGGCUUUUAACUAACAACAUUGAAUCUAUGCAUGAGAUUAUGCAAGAGUUAACAAAUAGAGAGGAAGUCUGUGAUAUUAAUAAUACUAAUACUAACAAUGAGAUACAAUCCUUUCCAAAAUAUAGUAAUCUACCAAGUUUAUCUGGCUCCUUGUUAUCUUUGAUGUUGGCACGUUUAGGCUCAUUAUUAGAUGAUGAUUUGGAAGGGACUAGACGUUUAGCCUGUCUUUGUUUGACAAUAUUCUUUAAUGGUCUUCUUAUACCUUCACCACCAAUAUCACCGGCCUCUUCAUCAUCGGUGGAGUUAGCUAACGGUAAUCAAAAUCAUUAUGAAGGAAAUCGAGUUAUAGAUUUUCUCAAUUCACCUACAUGGAUUCAACCGCUUACUACUACUAUUACUAAUACUGUUAGCAGUAGUAAUCAUGAAUUGGUCAAAGAACAUAAUGUAUUAUUGCCUUAUUGUCCACUGGCCAAUUCAUUUGGUGAUCAAGUCUAUCGUUUCUAUGGUAAUUUUGUUAAGCGUCUUAAUGAUUCGAAAGAUCAAAUAAGAUUACUUAUCUGUGAAACAAUCAAUGCAUGGAUUCGUCUACUUAUUCCAAUGUUAACAUCAUCAUCAACAACCGGUAAAACAUCUCAGCAAUUAAAUCCAGUUUAUACUGCUGUUAUAGAAGAUUUCCUAAAUAAUCUCAUUAUUCAUUUAGAUGAUCCUAACUCACGAAUACGUGCCAGUGUAUCACGUGUUCUCUUGAGAAUCAAUCAAUUCGCUCCAGAUCUGGUGAUUAAAGUUUUAAACAAAGCUAAAUUAUGUCAUCGUUCAUCUCAAUUAUGUGAUAAACUAUUAGAAUUUUGUCAUUCACAUUCUCAGUAA